GUAGCAUUGCUAUUCAGUUUUCUUCUCUAAAUCCAUAGCCUGUAACAAAUCAAAGAUGGCCGAAGGAUUUGCUGUUGCGUUUGCCAACGGCGUGCUUGGAAAGCUUGGUGAGAUUGUGGCGCAACAAGUAGUGAAUGAGGCAUCACUGGUGCUCAACUUCAGAAAGGACUUCCAAUUGUUGCAGACAAAGCUCACAGAUAUAUCUGGUUAUCUACAAACUGCUGAUCAGCAAAGUGCGCUCAAUCUUUCUGUGAAACGAUGGCUGAUGGACGUGAACGAUAUUGCUCUUGAUGCAGAAGAUAUAGUUGAUGAGUGCACUGUUCAACCUUUGUAUACAAGGCCCACUCCAUCAUGUUUCUGCCAUUUCAGUCAAUUAGCCUUUCGGUAUAAGAUGGGGAAGAGGAUUAAAGAUCUGAAAGAUAGGAUGACCUCUACCAUUCAAAAGGCCCAGGAGCUCAAUCUUGUUCAUCAGAUGUUGAAUUCAAGUCAGCCUUCAACUAGUACUUCCGAAAGAGGAGCAGAGUUGAAGAGAUCGAGUGUAUUAGCUGAGACCGAUUCACGAGCAGUGGCUAUAGACAACAAGGUGAAAGAAAUAGUGAGAUUGUUAGAAGAGCAUGCUGUUGUUGCCGUCCUGGGAAUGGGCGGGCUAGGUAAAACAUUCCUUCUGCGGCAUGUCUAUGACACAAAUAAACAAAGGUAUGACCACUCUGCCUGGAUUUCUGUAUCAAAGACUUGUUCUCUUAGAACUUUGCAAUGCGACCUGGCCUACCAAAUUAAAUUGCAAAUGGACCCUAAUAUCAGUGUUGUGCUGCUAGCUCAGUUGAUUCAUGGGCAUUUAGUGGAUAGGAGAUGUUUGAUUGUUCUUGAUGAUGUGUGGAGGAGUAGUGUACAAGGUGACUUGAUAGAAAGGCUUGGUCUUCCCACUGGCGGUAACAACCAGUGUAAAAUUGUGGUUACUACCAGAAGUAGAGAUGUUGCCGCAAACAUGAGAGCUCAUAUCUAUGAGAUGCAACAACUCUCAAAGGAGGAUAGUUGGAAGCUGUUUUGCCUCUUUGCCUUCCCCGAUAGUGACGGAAAUAGGCCACCCGAAGACCUCAAGAGCUUGGCUACUCAAAUUGUAGAGAAAUGUGGGAGGCUUCCACUGGCUCUUAAGACAGUUGGGGCAUCCAUGGCCAAAUCUGUGGGCUUAGGGAACUGGGAGUCAAAACUAAGGCAAUUAAAAGAUGUAGGAGGGACAGAGGACUCAACGAUGCAAAUCCUCAAGCUGAGUUACGACUCGCUUCCUUCACAUCUUAAAUCUUGUUUUGCUUAUUUCUCUUUCUUUCCACAGGAUACAAAGAUAUUUUUUUCUAUGAUAAAGGAGGCCGAAGAUAUACAUCAAGACUAUUUGAUACAUUUGUGGAUAGCUGAAGGUUUUAUUCCACAAGAAAGAGAGAAAGAACAGUGGGACAUUGGGUUGAAUUACUUACACCAACUUGUAGAUCUAUGUUUGCUGGAGGUAACCACAUUUCUUGGCUGUUACACCGUGCAUGACUUGUUGCAUGAUUUGGUUAUUAAUAUAAGUAAAGAGUACAACUGUGAAUUUCAUCUUCCCUUACAAGAAACAAGGUGCCGCCGGUUACUAUUGGGUAAGAAAGGUAUAACCAAUGAUGCAAUUUCAGGAGGACCUAUUCAUUCUCAGCGACUUCUUCGCACUUUUUCAUUCUCGCAGAAUCUAGAAAUUACAAGCAUUCCAGAACACUGGUUUGAUCAUAUGAAAGUACUCCGUGUUCUCGACUUGAGCAGCACUGCCAUCUCUACACUGCCAGAAUGUGUUGGGAAAUUUAAGCUUCUCAAGGUUUUGAAUUUGUCUCAAACAAAGAUCGGGGAGGUGCCAAGCUGUGUUAGAAGACUAAAGAGUCUUCAAUUUCUUGAUGUUUCUGGAAGCAGUAGCAUACAUCGUCUACCUGACUGGAUAGGUGAGCUCCGAUCUCUUUCCCAUCUUGACGUUAACGGCUGCUCAGAUGAACUUCAGCAUCAUAUACCCAAGGGAAUUUCAAACCUCUUGUAUCUGAGGACACUGAGAUCUGACAGCAUCUCACUUUCUACCGAAGAGAAUGAAGUAUUAAAUAUUAAAGAAGUCGGCAAUUUGAAAAGUCUCCAGGAAUUAGCUUUGGCUUUGGUAGAUGAACGUGAAUUGAGAAGUUUAGAAGAUGGUAUCCUUGAGCAUCUGGUGAAAAUGAAAAUUCUUGAAGUAAGCAAUUUGAUCGAUCCUGCAAGAGAGGAUGAUAUAGAAGAAUGCAAUCUUCCAGCAUUUCCAGAGAAAAUGAAGGCUAUGAAAGAUCUUCAAAGACUUGCGCUUAGUCGUUUCUCUGUGCCAAGUUGGAUAUGCGGUAUGGUUAAUCUGACAGAACUUGUAUUGAGGAAAUGCAGUGAUUAUCCAUCGCUCCAAAACAUGCCCAAUUUAGAAACAUUGGGUUUAAACAGUGAUUCGAGAUGCAGAAAAUUGCCCAAGAACUUUGGCGAGAGUGGGAGGUUUCCUAAGCUAAUUAGGCUGAUGCUUUAUAGGUUCCCUUUUUUGGAGGAAUUGCCCGCAUUGGAGGAAGGAGCGAUGCAAUGCCUUGAAGUGUUAAUGAUGGGUGACUGUCCGCAGGUGAAGAAAGUUCCAGAGGGAUUGGAGCGGUUGAGGCGGCUAAAGAGGAUACGGUUACACCAAGAAAGUGUAGAGUUAGAGGAGAGGUUAAAGGAAGGUGGGGAAGAUUGGAAUAAAAUCAAAGCUAAUAAUCCGAACAUUCAGAUAGACUUGAUCUAACUAGCAGCUCGUUCAUUCAGUUUGAGAGCAACGGCAUAAGUUGUGUAAGAUCUUUCCUUCAUAUACUUUUUUAUUUUGAAAAUUGUGACUAACUGUUAAGACGUAGAAUUCCUUAUCUAAUAGUUAUGUAUUUCUUAAAGAUCGUUUAUAUGUAAAAAGGGCUCCUCCAUAUGUUUUUGCC